GGAGCUGGCUCAGUAUAGCUGCAAACUAAAACGCGCAUCAUAUAGUUUAAAGUAGAGUGCUUAGAGCGUUAAAUAAUUAUAGAUAUGAGUAUUCAGAUAAACAGGAAAAUGUUAAGUUUCGCUGGUGUUCUGGGCCUUCUGGCAAUCGGAAUAGUGACAAUUGUCUUUGCAACUCCUGCGGUAUCCACGACUGGGAAGACUCAGUCACAUGACCGUGGCCCCGAUUCUUGCACACCUGUCAUUAUAGCGCAUCGUGGUGCAAGCGGAUAUGCACCCGAACAUACACUUGGCUCAUAUUCACUUGCAAUAACUAUGGGUGCCGACUACGUUGAACCUGACCUUGUAAUGACGAAGGAUAGACAUCUUAUAUCAAGGCACGAUAACGAAUUGGGAUUGACAACAGACGUCGCAAACCAUACCGAGUUCGCGGACCGUUAUCGAACGCAAAAAAUUGACAGUAAUGAAGUGAGUGGCUGGUUUACUGAAGAUUUUACAUUGGCAGAAAUCAAAACCUUGAGAGCAAUCGAAAGAAUCCCAGAUAUCAGACCAGGUAACGCUAGAAUGGACGGCGCUUUUCAAGUAAUAACGUUCCAAGAAAUUAUCGAUCUAGUAAAAAGUUUACAAAUUAGUCAACGUCGAACGAUUGGUAUCUAUCCGGAGAUAAAGCAUAGUAAUCAUUUUAAAAAGUUGGGACUACCGAUGGAGGAAUUGGUUGUGAACACCUUCCAUCAAAACGGUUACUUAGAUUCUGACGCACCUGUAUAUAUUCAAUCCUUUGAAAUAAAUAAUUUAAAAGAACUGAAGAAAAUAACAAAUCUAAGACUAUUGCAGCUAUACGACAGUAAAUCCUUAGAGCCAGCUGACCAAGUUUUAUUGGGAGCAAAUAUUACAUAUGGCAGUAUGUCUACACCAGAAGGGUUAGCGGAAGUAGCAAAAUAUGCUUCUGCAGUAGGACCUGACAAGAGCUAUAUUAUUCCUCGUAAUGCUGAUAAUAGUUUAGGAGACCCAACAAGUUUUGUCGCUGAUGCUCAUGCUGUGGGACUAAAGGUGCACCCUUAUACUUUCCGCGCGGAAAACACAUUCCUGCCCGAGGAAUAUCAAAGUGAUAAUCCUUCGAAAGGAGCCCGAGGAGAUUUGACUGGAGAACUGCAACGGUAUAUUGGGGCUGGUAUUGAUGGUCUUUUCUCUGAUCAACCUGACAUACCCUUGCGUAUACGUGGACCAUGUUUGUGAUAAUCAUAGAUAAUAAAAUCUCAACCUCAGUACCUAAGCAAAUUUAUUGGUUAGGUACUGAGGCUGAGAUCUAUAGUGUCCUUUGACUAUUUUGUGUUAAUUUUAGUGCUAAAACGAGCAAGAUUUUUUUUAACACACAACUUUGUCUAGUUUUAACUGUUCCUAAUAUGGAAAAGUUGUUUGAAGUAAGGCUAAACAUGUUUCAGUCUGAGUAUAGCAAAGUAGGUAUAAGUCAAAUACGAAAUUUUACAUAAUAAUUAGUGGUUAAAAAAAACUAAAAUAGAACAAAGAAAAACUGUAUUUGCGAGACAUUAUUAGACUAAUUUAAAUAGGUAUUAAAAAGAUUUUACUCAGCAAAUUAACCUAAAGUCUCCAGCGCUGCGUGAAACGUUCGAGAGCGCAUUUUGGAAGAUGUAUGUAAAGUGGUGUGUACAGACAGAAGAAAUUAUAAUAACACCUUGCAGAACUGCCAGUUUUUCGCGGAUUACAGCAAAUUAAGCUCUAUGUUCUUUGUGUAAUGAUUGAAGUUGUUUUGAAACCUAACAUUGUUGUAAAUAUUAUAUAAAUAGAGGGUAGCCCAUAAUGCUGCCCAAUAAAACAAAUACUAUAACGAAACCUUUCCAUUUUUAUUGAAUGAAUCAUUAAUUUUUUUAAUCAAAAUACAAAACAAUGUUAUCAGAUAUUGAUUGAUAUGUUACAG